AGAGAGGCAGGUUUUGAAGUCCCUGCUCCAUGCUCCACCCCUGGUGUUCCUAUUUUCCAGGUCUUUGUCCCCGGAACUUGCACUCACUCCUAGGUGUCCACUAGGGUUUUCUGCUCGCAUCUGGAUCCCAGUUCGACCAGCGUACAGUCCAGCGUCCUGUCCUGCAGAAAACCACGGCCUCAAGUCUGGAAAAGAGCGAGAAAAAGAAGGGAGAGGAAGCAGAAAAAGGAGCCACUUCCCACCGUCUCACUCUCCUCCCGUGAUUUAACCUGCCGUCGAAGUCGUGAAGCAGAAGUGUGCUUCUGAGUUUCUUGCCUGCAGUUUAAAAAAAAAAAAAACUUUUUCCAUGUUUUAAAACUAUCGUUUAGUUUAUUUUUUCCCGUGUUUUUCUCGAUUGAGUCUGGAACUCGACAUUCACUGAACACACCCGUGCUUUUAAACGGACGACGUUUGCGUGAUUGUCGGUGUGUUCUUUCUCCUCCCUCCGCAGUCGUGUGAGCCUCCGAGCUGUGAAUGAAGUAUCUGUUGAGCUGAAGCGGCUCCAUGAGGAAACUUCGGCGUGGGAGUCGCUGAAACUUUGUGCUAGGCUACACACACCUGAGCGACUUUAUAUAUAUAUACAUACAUAUAUAUAUAUAUAUAUAUUAUUAUUUUUAAUACUUGUUUUGUGCGGGUAACUGUGUAGCUCCUUGCUCUUGCUGCCGCACCAUGAAGCCCGUGUCGGUGCUGUGUGUAGUGAGCACGCUGGUCGUGUUGUGUGUGUCGAUGACUGCGGAGCAAAAGUUGAAAAACUGCAACGACGUCCGAGCCGCGUACAGCUCCAAAGGCUUCAACGUCAACGAUGUCCCCAACAAAGGAGUCAACGGAGCCCCGUUGAAAGUGUGUCCGCAGGGUUUCUCCUGCUGCACGCUGGAGAUGGAGGAGAAGCUGAGCCAGCAGAGCCACACGGAGAUCAAAGCUCCCGUCUCCAGGCUUAGCACCAACCUACAAUCUACCUUCAGACAGCGGCACGACCACUUUGACAAGUUUUUCCGUGAGCUUCUGAAAAACGCCGAGGUCUCGCUGCACAACAUGUUCGUGCGAACAUACGGGAUGAUGUACGUGCAGAACGCGGAGCUGUUCAAGAACUUCUUCGGGGCCCUGACGCGGUACUACGUGUCCGGCAGCGCCGCCGUCAACCUGGACUCCGUGCUGUCGGACUUCUGGGCCGACCUCCUGGAGAGGAUGUUCCAGCUGGUCAACGUGCAGUACGAGUUCAGCGACGCCUACAUGGACUGCGUCAGCCGGCACACGGAGCAGCUGCAGCCCUUUGGCGACGUGCCGCGCAAGCUCCGCAUCCAGCUGAUGCGGGCCUUUGUCGCCGCGCGCACCUUCGUGCGCGGCCUGACGCUCAUGCCGGAGGUGGUCAAUAAAGUUUCCACGGUCAGUGCGUCUCCCAGCUGUGUGCGAGCGUCCAUGAAGAUGUUGUACUGUCCCUACUGCUCGGGCCAAGUGGCCCUGAAGCCCUGCCAGAACUACUGUCUCAAUGUGUUGCGUGGGUGUCUGGCCAACCAGGCCGACCUGGACACCGAGUGGAACAACUUCCUCGAUGCCAUGCUCAGUCUAGCAGAUAGGCUCGAAGGUCCCUUUAACUUUGAGUCCGUCAUGGAGCCCAUCGACGUGAAGAUUUCAGACGCCAUCAUGAACAUGCAGGAGAACAGCAUGCAAGUGUCGCAGAAAGUUUUCCAAGGAUGCGGGCAGCCCAAACCAAGCGCGACCUUCCGUUCCACGCGCUCCAUCAAAGAUGCAGGCUUCAACGGACGCUUCCGCCCUUACAGUCCCGAUGCUCAACCCACCACCGCUGCUGGCACCAGUUUAGAUCGAUUGACAAACGAUGUGAAGAAGAAGCUGAAACAUGCAAAAAAGUUCUGGUCCACGUUGCCAGAGACCGUUUGUGCAGGUGAGAGGAUCGCACCUGGGGACAACUGCUGGAACGGAACCGCAAAAAGCAGGUACGAGUCAGUUGUCAUUGGCAACGGCCUGGCCAAUCAGGUGUCGAACCCGGACGUGGACGUGGACAUAACGAAGCCAGACAUUGUGAUUCGCAGUCAGAUUGCGGCUUUGAAGGAAAUGACGAGCUGGCUCAAAGCUGCACACAGCGGCAACGACAUCUCCAUCGAUAACGACGAGGAUAGCAGCGGAGGGGAGGAGAGCGGCAGCGGCUGCGACUCUCCGCCCUGCGACACGGACAUCUACUUCUCCACUCCGCCGAACCCCGACAAACCCGUCGUCGAUCAGGUGGUGAAGAGCCUACGUCCGUCAGACGGGGGGGUCGCCUCGAAGGGAAGCAUGGCGCUGGCGCUCUGCGGGCUGGCCCUGGCCCUGCUCGCCCCCCACUUGAGAUAAAACUGGCUGGGCAAGAAGAGGAAGAGAACGACCAGGAAUGACGGAGCGAAGGAGACAACUGUCAGAGAGACUUUAAAAAGACUGCCUUCAGGACCUUGGACUGUCCGCCAUUUGGGGAGGGGGGGAGACUCUUCUUAAUAUUACAAUAACUUCACUUUUAAUUAUUUGUAUGUUUUUAAGGACAUCAGUGUACAGGAAUACAAUUUUUCUUUCCAAGAAAUCCACCUUUUUUUCCCCCCAGAUAAGCCUUUACUCCUUACGGCUCUGCUGGAGCUCCACUGUGGUUCUGCUUGCAGCAACACAAACGUCAUACAAUUGUCUUAUUUUGGCAGUUUAAUCUCAUAAUACAUUUUUGUGCCUUCUUCGGCGAUCGCCAUCUGAUAUCUAAACAGUUGCCCAGAUGUUUGGCUGAACAGCGAGUGCCUGUGGUGGGACACAUCUUCAUAUUUCUGAGGAUGUUCCUUCUUUCCGUUAUUCAGAGAUUGUUUUUAUGAAUGUUAACUAUCAUUCGAUUGCGCGCGCUGUGAAUGUUUGCGUCUGUGCAUUUAUACAUUUGUGUACGUCAGCCAGACAGAAAUUAGGGAGUUGGCUGUUGAUGGGGGGGCACAGUCGGAGCUUUUUGUUCGCUUCGAAGAGACGCUAAACAUCUUCUCAUCUCUUGGAAAUGCAGCGAGAGAAGUUACAGCACAGGUAUUUACGUUCGACCUGGAGAUGGAAUCGUCCUUUAGAAGAGCUUUUGGGGCGCUCCGCAAGCCCAAAUGUGCAUAUUGUAUGUCUGCUAUGAGCAUUAUCACAACCUAGCUUUUUCUUUUCAUUUUUAUUUCCGAAAUCAAUUUUUUAAUUUUACUUCCUCAGCGCAAACAGUUCAAUAGUAAAGGUCGUACCUCACGCAUGCUCUCACAGUCGAUGCAAUCUAGUGAUGUUGAGUUGAACGGGUCUGAUGGAGUGGAGAAGUGUGGCCGGAGAAGGACCCCCCCCCCCCCCCCGGCAUUAACCCUAAAGAAGGCAGAGCUGACGAGUUCCGAAUGGCCUUUUGUGUGGUACUGUAAGCUCAGGUCGGCACAGAGGAUCUAACUCGAUAGUCUCGCUCGUUUAGGAAGAGAAGGUGGCGACGCGUACGUUCAUACAGCGAGAGGAGGAGGAACAAAUGACAGUGCUUUGAUCAAAUGAAAUCAAAAAAAAGAUUAUUUUAAUACAGGGUUUUAUGUCGAAGAGGUGUUGUAAUGUUUAGCUAUUUUUGGUAUGAAGAUAUAUAUUAGGUACUACAGUGGAUUUUACUGCUAGUUUAGCUGGUGGAAGAGGACAAUGUGCACAGAUAUCGGGGGCAUUUUUGGUCAGUGUGAACUGUUUUUAUUUUUAUUUUUUUAGUCUUUUUUUUGGUGCUCCUUUCUUUUCUUUUUUUUUUUGUUUUUUUUUGCCCCCGUCCCAUAACACACACUUGUGCCUCCUGACCGGCAUGUGUCGGUGUAAAGGAACUCUGGACCAUUUGAUCUGCCUGCCCUCAUUCUCGCGUUCUCGUCAUUUCAGCUGGAGGUGGAAUGUUGAAGUUUAGUCACAAUUGCUACCAAAAGGAAUGCAAUGUAUGGUGCCUGAUCGAUUCUUCUUCUCUGUUUACCUUGGUACAUUAUUAGCAACUUCUUCAGGUAAAAGAAGAAGAAGAAAAAAAAAAGAAGGAUGUUGAUGAUUGAUGAUUUGUAUCAUUUAUGUGCUCUGAUUCCCUGUAGGGUGUUGGAGUAUAUCGUUACCAGCUGACAAGCACAACAUAAGGAUUUCUAUAUCUUCUAAUGUUAUAACCGGGUCUGUAAGUUGCAUUAGCUGGCCAUUUCAUCUCUAAAAUGACGCUGCAUCAUGUAGCUAUUGUACAGUAACUUAUGCAUGUAUUCUAACGUCCUUGUAAACAUGCGUUUAGAACCAACAUAGACGGUCCGAGAUACAGCGUUCAAAAUGUUUCCACAUGCAAAACUUAGGUGACAGUAAUUCAUUUCUCAGCGUAAUUGAUUGAGUUGAUCAGAUUUGAGUAUGCAUUUUGUGAAAAUUGAAAUGGUUUUGCAUGUUUCACAUUCGUCUGCAGGUCUGACCCAGUUGGUAAUUACUGGACACAACCUUUGUGCCUCUUGUUCGGCUUUGAAAUUGACAGGUUGAUUGUAAGCUUACAUGAAAUUUUCUUCCAAAAAAAAGUGAUGUUACCAACUAACAGACUUCCAAAUCAACGAGGAAAUCGAUAUUUAGAAUCUGACUUUAAAGGAACGACAAAGCAACCCACAUAAAAUCCUGACGCUUUUCAUUUAAAAACAACGAAGCAGUGCUUCAGCAGCUUGAUCCGGCGUUACCUCCAAUUCAGUUCUCCUGAUUUUUUUUUUUUUUUUUUUUUGUGUUCCUCCAACAUUUCUACCAGGCCUUGUGCAUGUGUUCGCGUCAUGUGGAAGAAAUGUGUCGAGUGUGAAGAAAACCUAACUUUCUGAGUGUGAGGAAAAGCUUUUGGGUGAUGAUGAUGAUGAUGAUGGUAAAUGUCUGUGCUUGCGGGCCGGGGCAGCAGCGUUUUCCAGCCGACGGAGAGAUGGCCCCGGCUGCUUGGAUGUUGGUCAUUUGAUCCACAGAGCAACUUCAGUCUAGCGAUGUACGAGUUGAGUUGGACAGGUGUUGAAAACCCUUCCAUCAGCCUUUUGGCCCACAAGAACAGAAAAAGGACUCGUUUUCUGAGGAGAGACUGAGAAGAAUAAAAAAAAUAAAAAAAUACAGUGUAAAUAAAGAGCAGCCGGUUUAGAUGUCUCUAAAAGAGGCCAUAACAGUACAUCAGAUUUAUACUUGUCAGAGUAUCUCCUAAAUGUUAUGGAAAAAAACAAGAGAUAGAUGUUAAAUUGUAAGAGAAAAUGUAUAUUAAACAUUUCUUAGUCUUGUUGAAAUAAAGACUGCCAAUAUUUAAA